AGCACUUGAAAUCAUAAUACCAUCAUUAUGAAUAUGGCUGCUAAACACUCCUUUCAGCUGUUAGGGAUGCUCUUCUUCCUCAUAAGCUUGCUGGCUCUUACUAAGCCAGCAAUAGCUGAUGAAGAUGAUGAAAUUCCAGCAGAUUUUAAUCGUAGUUAUUUUCCAGAAGACUUUAUUUUUGGGACAGCCACUUCUGCUUACCAGAUUGAGGGUGCAGCAAACAAGUCGGGCAGAGGACCUAGUGUCUGGGACACCUUUACCCAUGAGACUUCAGAGCGGAUAAGGGAUCGUAGCAAUGGAGAUGUUGCAGUUGAUUUCUAUCAUCGCUACAAAGACGAUAUAAGAAACGUGAAGGAUAUGGGUUUUGAUGCUUUCAGAUUAUCCAUUUCAUGGUCCAGAGUUAUACCUAGUGGAAGGAGAAGAGAAGGGGUGAAUGAGGAAGGAAUUCAAUUUUACAAUAAUGUUAUCAAUGAAAUUAUAAAUAAUGGUCUAAAGCCUUUUGUUACUAUUUUUCAUUGGGAUACUCCUCAAGCCCUAGAGGACAAGUAUGGUGGCUUUUUAAGCUCUAAUAUUGUGAAUGAUUAUCGUGAUUAUGCGGAUCUUCUCUUUGAAAAAUUUGGUGACCGAGUGAAGUAUUGGAUGACCUUUAAUGAACCAUGGGCUCUUAGUGGAUUCGCUUAUGAUGAUGGAGUUUUUGCCCCUGGUCGAUGCUCACCUUGGGUGAAUUAUCAAUGUCAAGCUGGAGACUCAUCCACUGAACCUUACAUAGUUGCACAUCAUCUACUUCUUUCUCAUGCUGCGGCUGUACAAGCAUAUAGAAAGAAUUACCAGAUUGAAGGUGCAGCAAACAAGUCGGGCAGAGGACCUAGUGUCUGGGACACAUUUGCCCAUGAAUAUCCAGAGAGGAUAAAGGAUCAUAGCAAUGGAGAUAUUGCAGUUGAUUUCUACAAUCGCUUCAAAGUAGAUAUACAAAACGUGAAAAAUAUGGGAUUCAAUGCUUUUAGAUUCUCCAUUUCAUGGCCCAGAGUUAUACCUAGUGGAAGGAGAAGCGAAGGAGUGAACGAUGAAGGAAUUCAAUUUUAUAAUGAUGUUAUCGAUGAAAUUAUAAAUAAUGGCCUCAAACCUUUUGUAACUAUUUUUCAUUGGAAUACUCCUCAAGCCCUAGAGGAAAAAUAUGGUGGCUUUUUAAGCGCUAAUCUUGUGAAUGACUUUCGUGAUUAUGCGGAUCUUUGCUUUGAAAAAUUUGGUGAUCGAGUGAAGUAUUGGAUGACAUUCAAUGAACCAUGGUCUCUUAGCGGAUUUGCUUAUGAUGAUGGAGUUUUUGCCCCUGGUCGAUGCUCAUCUUGGGUGAAUAAUCAAUGUCGUGCUGGAAAUUCAGCCACUGAACCUUACAUAGUUGCACAUCAUUUGCUUCUUGCUCAUGCUGCAGCUGUACAAGUAUAUAGAAAAAAAUACCAGGCAACUCAAGCUGGUAAAAUUGGGAUAACACUUUUUACCUUUUGGUAUGAACCUCUGUCCAAUAAUGCAGUUGAUAUAGAUGCCGCAAAAACAGCUCUUGAUUUCAUGUUUGGAUUGUGGAUGGAUCCUUUAACUUAUGGUCAUUACCCAAGAACUGUGAGGGAUUUAGUUGGAGAUAGAUUACUCAAGUUUACGGAUGAAGAAUCUCAAUUGCUUAGAGGAUCAUAUGACUUUCUUGGAUUACAAUACUAUACUUCAUAUUAUGCAAAACCAAAUGCUAUAGUUGAACCAAAUCAUAUUAGAUACAAAACUGAUAGUGGCGUUACUGAGACUCCUUACGAUUAUAAUGGUAAUCUUAUUGGUCCACAGGCUUACUCACCUUGGUUUUAUAUUUUCCCGAAAGGCAUCCGACAUCUAUUGAAUUACACCAAAGAUACAUACAAUGAUCCAGUAAUUUACAUUACAGAGAAUGGAGUUGAUAAUCUCAAUAACGAAAGCCAACCCAUUGGGGAAGCACUUCAGGAUGAAUUCAGGAUAGAUUAUUAUCGAAAGCAUUUGUGGAAUACAUUGGGAUCUCUCAAGGAUUACAAUGUUAACGUUAAAGGUUACUUUGCAUGGUCAUAUAUAGACAACUUUGAAUGGAAUAUUGGCUAUACAUCAAGGUUUGGCUUGUAUUAUGUGGACUACAAAGAUAACCUGAAAAGAUACCGCAAGCAUUCAGCUAAUUGGUUCAGGGAUUUCCUGAAACCAAAUGUUAAUCCAUAAAAGAUCACCCAGAUUGCUUCAAAGAAUUCAAGGAAGGUUUGCAAAUUCCACGUAAUAUAGACUAUGUGUGUGUCUCUUGCAAUGAAAUAAUACCAUUGGGCUACUGUUAAGCUCCAGUGACCUACCUUAUGUUUUAAUUAAUUCUCCAAUAUCAAUAAAUUUGCAUUGCUUAAAAAGAAA